ACAAAACUUAUAAUUUGUAAUCCUUGUUAUCAUUGUAAUCCUAAUGUUUGCCAAGGCAUCCUUACUUUGUUUAUGGGUAGUGGAUCCAUUUGCUGUAACAUUUGCUGUUAUUCUUUUUCCUUCCUCUUUUCCUUGUCAUCCCCUUUAGUUUUAAGAUUCUUGCUAUAAAUGGCUACAGCUAACACUAUUAAUGCUAAGUACCAAACAAAAAGUGGGAGGUGGAUCGUUGGUAUACCAUUAAAUCGAUUUAACACCGCAAUUCCAGUCGCAAGCCUGGGACCACUACUAGCAUAGUCACAACAUCUACAAAGCUGCCAUAUAGCCUGACUGACAAUUUUCUCGACUGACUGACAAUGUUUCUUCUUUUUCCCCAUUUAGAAUACAAAGAUUAGUACAUUUUAGCUUAUGAUUAAUAUUAUAUUUUUACCUAUAGUUUACCUAGAUGAGAAUAAAAAAUGUUGACCUGGAUUCUUUUCGACGUAUUUUUGUAUUUGGUAUAAAGGUCCUGCUAGUUAUAUAUAAAAUAUAUUUAUAUUUGCUUUAAUUGAUACUAGAAAUAAAAUUAUCGUUUUCUUGAAAUUGUUGUUUUCUUCAUAGCCUUUUAGAGUAAAUCGUAAAUCGAUGUUGUUUACAGUACAAUCUUAUGUUUUUGUACUGAAGGAUAGCCGGUAGCCUACUUAAACUUGGCCUUCAAUUUUUGGCAUGGCCCAUUUUCAUUCAACCUAUCACAGUUCCUCAAAUCAUUCGGCUGAGUUGAUCACAUGUGCUUGCCUUGAACUUUUGAAGUCUUAAAGCUCAUUGAUAACAUAAUGAGCCCUACGAUUUCCACUCACUCAGAGUUUUGAUUAUUUUGUGAAUCUUAUGUCAUAUAUAUAAUCAUUGGAAAGAGAAUUGGAAUAGCGGACGAUCACAACAAAGAUGAAGUUAUUUCGACUUUCCUUUGUCUAGAUAUAUUAUUGAAAAACACAUCUGAAUGUGCAAAUGCGCUAACUUCACGUGCAGAAUAGCAUUUUUAAGUCAACAUUACCAGCUAAGAGAAUGAUUUUUCCUGCAAUGAGCUAUCAAUGAACUAUUUAGAAAUGUGCAUUAAACCUUACUGUAGUGAAAAUAGAACUGUUCUAAAUUGAUGCUGAGAAAUUGUAGGGGGACUCGGUCAGGUAUCUUGUCAAACAGUUAACCUACCAUAACUGUUUUAUAUGUCAGAUAAUAUGUAAAAGUAGCAUUAUGUGUAAGGAAGACUUGAAAGCUGCUUUGUCAUCAACAAACAGAGGAAAAAAUGUUCCUCUUAUUUGCUGGGAUGACGCACUGCAAAGAAGUAAAACUAUAGAUUUGAAGGAGGAAGACAAUGUUAGCAAGAUAAUUGUUGACAGUAACAACUCACUGUUGGAAGCCAGGAAAAAGUUUUACCUCCAAUCUACUCCACCCAAACCUCCGCUUCUCGCUCCAUUUUCAGGUUCAGUAACAUGGCAGUGUGAAACACAAGACUCUGAUCCCAACAAAGGUUCAGAUCUCCUCGUCAUCUGGAUAACACCAGCAAUUGAUACUUCUGCUGAGACAGAGAAACUGAUUGCAGCGUAUCCACCAGUGACUGAGUGGAAGUUUGAUGUUUAUCUGAACGAUUUGACUGACAAAACUCCUCUUCAAACCCUCCUUGACAGAGUCCCAGACAGUACAGAUCCGACCUGUAUAAAGAUACCACUCUCUACAGCACUCUCUAGAGGUAAACACAUCGGGGAUAUGACUGGACACCGGUUGAAGGUAUCUGCUAACGGCGUGUGGCCUUUCAGGUUCUAUCUGGUUAACACUGUGAUAAGACUAGGAGAUAAGGCAGAAUGUGGUAUUGAUGAUAAAACACCGGAAUCACUCACUUUCGAGUCUUACAGUACUCCUCAGGAAACGUCGCCGGAAGUAAACUGUUUUACACCAACAGCGAGGAUUGAAGAACUGGACGCCUUGAUUCCGGAGGAAACUGAUAAAAAAACUAAAGGAAAAGCGCUGCCCCUCUCCCAGAUCUCAGUACUGGAAAUGUACCCUCCUUCCUCCUCUAACGGUAGAAUAAGUCGCACUGCAGGAACUUCACCCCGACCCCCACGAAGUGUUAUUCCACCUGCUCAGAAAUCGUUUCAGCGGCUUCUUCAACUCAGACAGAAAACAAGAUACGAGACUAUGUCUAAAAUAGAAAAGGAUCAAAUCGGAAUCCGAGUAUUAGCCGGAACAGUCAUCAGAGACAACUGACUGCUGGUUGCUAAGUUACCCGCUGGUUACUAAGUAACUGUCUGGUAACUAGGCACUAUUACCAGAGAUAACAGACUGCUGCGCCGCCUCUCGCGCAAGUUUAAACGGUUUCCUCCGCUCACUUCCCUCCUUGUCCGCCUCCUCAGUGAUUCCUAAAGCUAUUGGAGUCUUAGCCCGCUGCAUUAACCCUUUACACUCCCUCAUAGUCUGUUGGAAGGCUCUGAACUUGGUGGUAGCUUCCUCAGUGUCCGUGUAGAACCGCUCGUAAACCAUCUGGUAGGCGGCAAAAGCUUGGUAUUCUUCUUCUACUUCAGUUAUACUGAAACAGAUUGAGGUGAUGAGGUGAUGAUACAGCAUUGUAACAAGGUAUUUUAGCUACACAUUCAGAGAGCACUAUAACUCUUAAUAUUAUCUGAUUAUUAUUAUCAUUUUAGAGCGAUAGAAGGGGAAUGAUAUUUUGUAGACAUUAUUACAACUUUUAAUAUUUUGCAACUGUAAAAUAUGUACAUAUUGUUAAUAUAUGUUUAUACGUUUUUAUAUUAUAUUCAGAAAAGAGAAAAUAUUGUCCACAGUGAUACUCUGCA